GUUUAUAAGCGAACUUCAACCUGCGCUCUAGGUUGGUUUGGUUGUAGGAAAUUGAACUUUAUCUGUACCGCAUGUGCUCUUUCAGCUGAGUGUGGGCCGUGCUUGUCGCGGUUAGUUGGUGCCGGAUUAAUUCCUCGUGUUGUUAUGGCUCUCGGUAGUGAAGUGAAUGAUGAUAAUGGUACGAAACAAACUUCCCAAAAAGUGAAAAAAUGUCCAUUGACCAGCAAUCUUAGCGAAAAAAGUGCUAGCGAGAAUGUUAACAAAGGCUCUAAACCCGAAAAGACGGUUAAGAUGAAAAAAGAAACAAUCACAGCUGUUAAAGUCAGCUGUAGCAAUGGUCACACAAGCACACCGAACGGGCGAGCAGAUGACGAAGGUGGUGGAAGCGCCCAGACACCGCGUGUGUCUUACGCCGCAGCGGCACGCAAAGCGCUGUCACCACAAAUAAAUAAUACGCCCCCGCCAUUUCCACUGAACACAGAAUGUCCGAAAAGUAAAACGAUAAGUGAAAAAUCAUUGCAAACCAAACUCGGCACUUCAACUACCAAAAUUAACGGAGAGAGUUCACUACCAGAUAACAAUAAAGAUAAAUUAAGUACCAAAGAAUCAAUCAUGAACGGCACCGAAAAUACAAACAUAGAUGUUGUUAAUGGUGAUCUAAAAAAUAUUUCAGAUUGUGAUAUUAGUAGUAGUGAUAAAUUAGUUUCUAAUGGAAUCAACAGUGAUUCAGAUGACGCGAAGUCAAACAAAUCGAAUGAUGGAAAUGAAAAUAUAGUUUUAACUGAAGAUUUACCUUUAAAAGUUUCUCAACCGAAAUCAGUUAUUAGCAAAAAGAAAGAAAUUAAAAAAAAUGUACCACUAGACAAGCCUAACGAAUCUGAAAAGAAAAAGCCUGUAUCCGAAAUUACUACAGAAGAUAUUAAAGAAGAGGAAGUUGUUAAACAAACAGAAAAUGAUAAUGACAAAAUUGAAGUUGCAAAGGUAGUCAACGGUGAAAAAGAAAGAGAAUCAUCUCCGAGUGAAGAUGGUGAUGAAAAAAAGAGAGAUGCAGAAGUAGUUUUUAUUCAAGAUUUGGGAUUUACCGUGAAAAUUGUGAGCCCCAGGGCUGAACCUUUAGAUAUUCAGGUUUCGAGUAUGGAACUUGUACAAGAAAUACAUCAAGUACUGAUGGAUCGUGAGGAUACAUGCCACAGAACUUGCUUUUCUCUUCAGCUUGAUGGUGUCACUUUAGACAAUUUUGCAGAGUUAAAAAAUAUUGAAGGUCUCAAAGAAGGUUCUGUUAUAAAGGUCGUAGAAGAACCGUACACGAUGCGCGAAGCACGGAUUCACGUACGACACGUGCGCGACCUGCUCAAGUCUAUUGACUAUGUGGACGCCUAUGCUGGCCAGGAGUGCAGUUCCCUUGCUUUCCUCAAUGUGGUCACACAGGGUGACAUAUUAGAAAAGAAGAAAUCACGACCAGAGAGUGUAGACUGUACUCCACCUGAUUUUAUAAUGCCUGGUAGUGCAGAAAGGCCUUUGUUAGCUCUCCAUCCAGGCCUCACUAAAGAAAAUAAAGCUCCACAAUGUUUAAAGGUGCUAACUACAUCUGGUUGGAAUCCACCGCCAGGCCCGCGCAAAAUGUGCGGCGAUCUAUUGUACUUGCAUGUCGUCACACUAGAAGAACGCAAUUUCCACAUAACAGCGUGUCCGCGCGGUUUCUACCUCAAUCAAUCCACCGAAGAUGUGUUCAACCCACGUCCUUUUAACCCGUCCCUACUUUGUCAUUCCUUAAUAGAGCUUUUGAGUAUCGUGUCUCCUGCUUUCAAGCGAAACUUUACUCUGGUGCAAAAGAGACGCAUGCAAAAGCAUCCAUUCGAAAGAGUCGCUACACCUUACCAAGUUUAUCAGUGGGCUUCGCCAAUGCUGGAUCAUACGGUUGAUGCUAUUCGAGCGGAAGAUACGUUCUCCUCCAAGCUGGGCUACGAGGAGCACAUCCCGGGGCAGACGCGCGACUGGAACGAGGAGCUGCAGACCACGCGCGAGCUGCCGCGUGCCACGCUGCCCGAGAGGCUCCUGAGGGAACGGGCUAUAUUCAAGGUACACAGCGACUUCGUGGCGGCCGCGACGCGCGGCGCCAUGGCGGUGGUGGACGGCAACGUGAUGGCCAUCAACCCGGGCGAGGAGCCCAAGAUGCAGAUGUUCAUAUGGAACAACAUAUUCUUCUCGCUCGGCUUCGACGUGCGCGACCAUUACAAAGACCUUGGUGGUGAUGCUGCAGCUUUCGUUGCGCCGCGGAAUGACCUGCAAGGUGUGCGCGUGUACAGCGCUGUGGACACACCGGGGCUGCAUACGUUGGGCACUGUAGUGGUGGACUACAGGGGAUAUCGCGUGACUGCGCAGUCAAUUAUACCCGGCAUCCUUGAAAAGGAACAGGAACAGAGCGUCGUUUAUGGAAGUAUUGACUUUGGGACCACUGUACUUUCGCAUCCUAAGUAUAUGGAACUGUUAAGCAAAGCCGGCCAACAGUUAAAGAUAAUGCCACACUCAGUGAUCAGCGCGAACGGCGAGACUGUCGAAUUGUGCUCUAGUGUGGAAUGCAAAGGCAUCAUAGGAAAUGACGGCCGCCAUUACAUUCUUGACCUGCUGCGCACGUUUCCACCUGAUGUGAACUUCCUGCAGUUGGAAGAUGACGAUUUAAGAGAGGAUAUAAAAUCAAUGGGCUUCCCAAUUAUACAUAAGCACAAAUUGUGUUGCCUUAGACAAGAAUUAGUUGAUAGUUUUGUUGAGGCACGUUACUUUAUGUUUAUACGUUAUGCUGCGUUCCACUUACAACAGUUAAGUGCAAAGCGUCAGCGAAAGACAUCGGAACAGAAGUCGAUUGAAGUUAAUAAGGAUAAUGAUAAGAAAGAGGCUGCAAAAGAGACUGAAAAGGAAAAUAAGAGAGAUAGCAAGAGUCAGGAUAAGGAAACUAAAAGAGAUAGCAAGAGUCAGGAGAAGGAAACUAAGAGAGAUAGCAAGAGUCAGGAGAAGGAAACUAAGGGAGAUAGCAAGAGUCACGACAAGGAUAAGAAACAAAAGAAAGAGGAAAAGAAAGAAAAGCUAGACAUGGCCAAAAAGGAUGAAUCAAAAGAUGCAGAGAAAACAGAGAAGGUAGAAAUUAAGGUAAAGGAUGAUGAAAUGUUGCUCAAUGAAAACUAUUCGGAAAUCGAUACAGACGUUGCCAAAAAAAUUGUUGAGAGCAUAACAGAUUCAAUAUGUAGCGGAGACAAACAGGAAAAUGAUUCUGGAGAGCGUUCUCGAGCGGUAGUAGCGGCUGCAGCGCGAGCGGUGGCUUCGCUGAAGGAGUCGGAGUUCGACGUGCGCUUCAACCCCGACGUGUACUCCGCGGGCAUCAAGCACGCGGCCACGCCCGAGCAGCUCGCCAAGCAGCGCCAUCUGGUGAAGGAGGCAGCUGCGUUCCUGCUCACCACACAGAUCCCCGCCUUUGUCCGCGAAUGUCUCGAGCACACGUCGGCGCCGAUGGACGGUGCGGGGCUGACGGAGGCGCUGCACGCGCGCGGCAUCAACGUGCGCUACCUGGGCCGCGUGUGCGCCGCGCUGCGGCCGCACGCCAGCCUGGCCUACCUGCACAGCAUCGCCACGGCCGAGCUGCUGUUGCGCGCUGCCAAGCACGUGUACACCGCCUACCUGCAGGGUUGCGAGGCCAUGUGCACGAGCGCGGCGGUGUCGCACUUCCUAAACUGCUUCCUGGGCGCGUGCCCGACGCCCGUGGCCAGUGCGGCUGAGGCGCCAGCACGCGCGCCGCGUGCCCGCGGCCGCCGCGCCAAGAAGACGCACCACGCCGCGCCCGCCUCGCCGCCGCCCUCGCCCGACUGGCAGAACCUCACGCCCAGGACGCUCUUCGCGCAGAUCAAACAGGAGCUCAAGGCCUACUGGGGAUAUGAACUAAAUUUUGAAAGUAUGGAUGUAGUUAUAGAGAAACAUAAUCUACAAAAAAUAUCACUGCUUAGGUCAUUUUCAUUAAAAGUAGGCUUGCAAGUGCUGCUGCGAGAGUAUGACUUUGAUAAUAAGAACAAAACCACAUUCUCUUCCACUGACAUCAUGAACAUUUUCCCAGUCGUUAAACAUAUCAAUCCAAGGGCAUCAGACGCUUACAAUUUCUACACAACCGGCCAAAACAAAAUCCAAGCGGGCGCUGUCUCCGAAGGCCACGAGCUAAUAGCGGAGGCGUUGAAUCUGCUGAACAAUGUGUACGGGGCUAUGCAUGGGGAGAUUGCGCAGUGCCUUCGCAUGGUGGCGCGCCUGUGCUACGUCACCGGCGAGCACCGCGACGCCAUGGCGUACCAGCAGAAGGCUGUGCUCAUGUCCGAGAGAGUCAACGGCAUCGACCACCCCUAUACUAUUACGGAAUAUUCUCAUUUGGCGCUAUAUUGCUUCGCGAACGGCCAAGUGAGCACCGCAUUGAAGCUGUUGUACCGCGCGCGCUACCUUGCUCUGCUCGUUUGUGGUGAAAACCACCCCGAAAUGGCGCUGUUAGAUAGCAACAUCGCCCUGAUCCUGCACGCGGUGGGCGAGUACGAGCUGUCGCUGCGCUUCGCGGAGCGCGCGCUGAGCGUGACGGGCGCCACGCACGGCGCGCGCUCGCUGAAGGCGGCCGUGGCGCGGCACCUGCUGGCGCGCACGCUAUCCUGCCUCGGCGACUUCCGCGCCGCGCUGCAGCACGAGAAGGAGACCUACUCCAUAUACAAACAACUGUUGGGUGAGAAGCAUGAGAAGACACGCGAGUCGUCGGAGUGCCUGCGCCACCUGACGCAACAGGCGGUGGUGCUGCAGAAGCGGCUGACGGAGGCGUACGCGCGCGGACACCCGCACCCCGCGCCGCUGCACAUUCAGCCGCCCGCCAUGGCCUCCGUCAUCGACAUGCUCAAUCUCAUCAACGGCAUCCUCUUCGUGCAGAUCAGCCCCCAGGACAUAGAGCAGUUCAAAGCAGAAAUAGAGAAGAGGCAGCUCAAAGACUUACCCAUACCGGGGUUAGCGGAAGCGAGCGUCAAGGAGAAAAACGAGAGCACGAGCGGGGACGAGACCGCGGCCGUCGUCAAGGAGCUUAAAGACUCGCUGAACGGCGCCGAGAGUUGAAACGCGCCCCGUCGCCCCGGACCGAGCGCGGGACUUUCCCGCGCUCCGAAUCGUUAACGAUUAGUAUCGAUCGAUCAUAUUGUUCCUUAUUAUCGAGGUAUGCCGUAGUGAAUAGUGUGCUAAGGUUUGAUGUAGAUUUUUUGUUAGUCAAAUUUUUGAGAAUAUUAUUUCGAUCAAAUAUCUAUUAAGAGUUAUUUUAUGAAUCGCGAUGUGCAAUAGUUUCGCGCGCGUGCAUCGCUCGCGUCGGGCGGUCGGGAGGUCGGCGGUCGACGGUCGGGCGCGGCCCGGACACCCAGAGUAGUAGCCUGAGUAUAAGAUUUUAUAUCUCACAAACAUUGAUAUAAUUUGAACGUCGAAACACUUAACACGAAACAUUAAAGCGAAAUGGAACUUAACUGCCUUGUUUUAAAGCUCAAGUUCGUACAUAUAUAUCUAGCCAGCGCUACAAGCGGAAAUCUGGUGAAAUUAAAAUCAGUGGUACUGAAUUUCAAACUUUAAAUCAAUUCGAAUUCAAUGAACGUUUGUGAGAUAUAAACUCUUAUACUAAGCACACUGAGUAGUGCAAUUUCGUAGUGAUAGUAGCAAUAAGUUUUGGUUGUGAGCCCGACACCAACGCGUCGCUGGAUUAUGGUACUGGUGCUACUGCCAUCUUGUCCUUUCCUUGUGUAAUGGUUUCAUGAAUUAAUUAUUAUUAUUGUUGUUGCUGAGUAUUAUUUUAAUGUUUUUUUUUUUUAAAUAAUGUGGGAUUAUAUUGAUGAAUUACCAAUUUUAUCUAUUUGUAUUGCGAUUGAAAUGUAACAAGAAAACGUGUCAAAUUAUUUUUUUACCGAUUCGAUAAGAUCGUUCGGUUUAUACAUGAGUCUAUAAUAUGCACCUAUGGAUAGAGCAGUCCUAAUACCUACUUGAAGCAAAUACCUCUGUAUCGCUAUCCCACUUAUUAGGAGUCACCUCUCGCUCUAAUUUGUUAGCCGAAGUGGGAUGGGAUAGCAGAAUAAAUAGGUAUUUGCUUCAAGAAGAUAUUAGCAGCGCCUGCUCCACCUAUAUUAUAAUGGGUUUAUGCCGUCGCUGCACAUGAAAAUUCCGCGAAAAAAUGUGGAAAUUCACAAGUUUUCAAGAGGCUCUGUUGUUAAAUUUUUUGGAAAAAUAUGCUUUACUUUUAGAUCAAAAUCACAGAGCUAAAAAGAUUAUCUCUUGAAUUAGCACACAUGCUAAAGAACGGGUUCCUACUGCACACACGCCUUUUAAAACCAAACAAAACGACAUCAAAAACGAAAAUCUUAAAAAAAUACAUAGCGGAUUUUGCAUGCGCAGCGAAAAUAUACGAGUUCGACGUGCGGGGACGCUCGACUUUAAAUCACUGAAAAAAAAAACUGCCUUAAAAUAUUUUUCUUGUCUUAAUUCUGAUUUUAGUAUUGUUAGUGCCAUAUAUGUAGUAAAAUUAAGUUGUUUUUAUAAAACAAUUCUGUUAGUCUGUGAUAUGCGGUGUUUAUCUUCGAGCUACUUGCCUUGUCGUCUAUGCUAACAGAGUGUGCGAAAGCUUUACCUAAACAAAAUAAUCACAAAUUAAAUAUUCCCAUUUAUUAACGUAAUAAAAGUGUUAUGUCUGUAUGUUUGUUAGAAAUAUUACUACUUCUAAAGACAAUUUCUGUUUGCAGUUUGUGAGUGUUACUCUAAACACUAAAAAACUUUAAAUGAACUUUUCACAUUUCUAAUCAGGUAUCUAGAAUGGUUUUGAAUGAUUAAGAAUCUUUAAUCUUUACAAUUCGAAGCCAUACUAAAUAAUGUGUUAUUGUUAUACAGAAGAGAUGAAAUUCGGAAAAGUUUGUGUAUAAAAGGUACUUACAUAAAAUUGAAAAAUGUCGAUUGGCAGGCAUCUGAUAGUUGACAAAAAUUUUUUAAUCGUCCAUUACAUUAAAUUGUAUAAAUAUUCAUAUAAAUUGUCUUUCGACAAUAUUAUUACAGUCAUCUAAACGCUAUCAUGUUAUGUACAAGUACACAUAUUAUGUGGUGAAAUAUAUUACUAAGGUAUGUAGUACGGAAAUAUACCCAUUAAUUCUAAGAUAUUAUGCAGUUUGAUCAUUGAUGGUUAUUGGUUGUAAACAUUGCCACUUCGACUAACGGGCGAAAUUAAUUUAACUAACCAUCAAUCUAUCUUUAAUUUGUCAAUAAGUUACUUGGCAACGUUAUUAUUUGUUAAAAAAAAUCAUACAAUCCACACUAAUAUCAUAAAAGCGAAAGUGUCUUUCUGUCUGGUAGCUUUCCACGGCCUAGAUUUUGGCGAAAUUUUGACGAAUUUCUGUUUGCAUCACGGACGAGACGAACAUAGGUUACGUUUUAUAUCCUGAAAAAUCGAAGAGUUGCUACAGGAUUUUUAAAGACCUAAAUUCAUGUAGAUAAAGUUGUGUGCACCAUCUAGUUGAUAAAUAACAACGUUGCUAAGUAACCUAUUGACAGAUUACAGAUAGGAUUGAUAUUAUUAUUAAUUUCGACCGUAGAUCACUCAAUACAUUAACAGACUCGCAAAAAAUAGUGAAAGCGGUAUGAGGUACUUUCCGUUCACUGUAUCAUUUGGCAGGUAGGUCUUCUGGCAAAAGUAAAAAAAAAAAGGUUAUAUAUUCACAAAGAAUUUAAAUGUGUUCAUGGACAAUUUGUUUUACUUAAAUCACUUGCAGUGUUGCAUAUAAGUGUUAUAUCGUGUACAAUGAUACGAAACCUUCCGUGUGCGAGUCCAACUCGCACUUGGCCGGUAUUUAAUAUAAAUCACAAGUCUGUUAAUGAUUAGGGAUCUAAAAACGUUGCAAUUGUAGUCGAUAGGAUAAAAAUUGCGUAGGUGUUUGACUACCCGCAAAGCCAAUGUUGAAUUGUAUCGUUGUUUGCUAAUUUUAGUGUGUGCGUAAUUUCGGGCAUCAUUACUCUUAAUGUUAAUUAAAUUAUAAGGGAUUCGUUCGAUGAAGUACGUGCCUAAACAUACAAUAAUGGUGUUGUUGUUACAUUUCUCUAACAAUAUGACGAUCAUGUAAAUACGGCGCUGUUCGUAGUAUACUAAUAUAAUUCGUUUUUAAAUAAA